UCAACGCUGUAGGAGCGUAGCUGCGCAGCGUAUUCAGUGCGCGCUUGUCUGGCGAGCAAGUUUGGUUGGUUUACACGAAUACAAGAUGGCCUACCACUUGAGAUUUGACAAGGGAAACCUUGCAAUGCAAGCGGUCGUGCUAUUCGUUGUUUUUCUCAGCUUUUCGCCACUUAUGACGCAUCAGCAAGAGUACAAAGUUGUUUAUAAACAAAUCCCUGAUAACAGAGGAACGGAAUUCGUGGUGGGAUUCCUCCAGCAGUUCCGAAAGGAGUUAGACGGUGCUACGAGGCUCUUCAUCACGUCCGAUUACAACACGCGCGCGGUCAUCAAAUCGCGCGAGACAAACGUUAGAAAGGAAAUUGAAAUCAAAUCACGUGAACUGUAUCCCGUCGACUUUCCGACGUCCGUGCGCAUGCGUGGCACGGCGAUCGAGGAGAAAGGCAUCCAUAUCAAGGCAGACGCGGAAAUCGUCGUGUACGGUUUGAAUAUCAAGAAAUUCACGACAGACGCAUACCUUGCACUGCCGGUCGAUAUUCAGAGCACAAAGUACAUUAUACCAUCGUUCACGCCGAGUUAUACGUCAUUGAUAGGAAUCAUCGCCAUCCGCGACCGCACGACGAUCUUUGUAACAUUCCAGUUCGCUGAUCGUCGGUCAUCGUUCAGAUUCCGCGGGAGAAAUUACAGGCACAGGGACACCCUAUCCGUGACUUUGAACAGUCUUCAGUCUUUCCAAAUUUCACACACCAAAGAUAUGUCGGGAACCCGUAUUUUCUCAACAAAACCAAUUUCCGUGUUUUCUGGGAACGAGUGCGCGAAUGUUCCCACCGAUAAAGGAUAUUGUGAUCAUUUGGUAGAGCACAUCCCCCCCGUGAACACGUGGGGACAACGGUUUAUCACCGCCCCCCUGGCUGGUCGUCGCGGUGGAGACUUCUUCAGGAUCAUGGCUGCAAAUCAGAGCACUGAUGUUAGAAUCAAUGGAAAAUAUAUUGAUACCCUGGGUGAAGGAAAAUUCAUUGAAGUCGACGUAUCAUCUGAUCGCUAUCAGUAUAUUGAAACAAGCAAACCUUGUCUCGUUGUACAGUUCAGCAAAGGCCAGCGAGUUGACAGCACAUACACCGACCCCUUCAUGGUAAUGAUUCCGCCCGUUGAACAGUACACAGCGCAGUACACCAUUUCCACGCCAGAUCAGAAUGAGAAGUAUUUCCAUAGCUACAUCAACAUCAUCAUAGACACGAAGGAAAUCGACGGGCUCCGAUUGGACGGCAGGUCCCUCCGUGAAGAGAAGUGGGUACCAGUCUGGGGCACAACCCACUCGGCCGCGCAGAUCGCGGUGACGUUCGGCGUUCAUCGAGUGAUGCACGAUUCCCCGAUCGUACCCUUCGCUGUUUUCCUCUACGGCUACGCCCGAGCAGAUUCGUACGGUUACCCGGGCGGGCUACGAUUGGCCGAUCUUACAUUGGACUGUGUGCCAGGGAACCCUGGGGAUGGCUUGGACAAUGAUUGUGAUCGAAGGAUAGACGAGGAAAUCAAGAACUACAUUGAUGAUGACGAUGAUGGACUUAUCGACGAGGAUUUGGUAACAGAACCGCCACGAAUCAUCCUGGAUCUAGACACGGUCAUUCUGAACGGGUGUCCAGCUGAUGUAAUAGGAAAACUCCAAGAACCGACCGUUAUCUCGGCGCCCCUGUGCACCAGUAGAGGACCAUUCAAAUUGUCGUUCGUCGACAAUGUGGUGGAAAAGGAUUGCGUGCAGUACAUCGACAGAAUGUGGCUCGUGCGGGACGGCUGCGGAAAUCUCGCGAAUGUCACGCAGGAGAUACGAAUCAGGAGGCCGGAAAUGAGCGUGACUUUCCCGGAAGAUGUUCGAGGAAAAUGCCAUUUGGGCGAGGAUUUGUCUGAGGUGGGCGAGCCUAAGGUGAAAAUGAGCUGUAGGGACGAUCGGUUUUCGGUGAAGUAUCGGGAUAGCCCGGCAUUGGUCGAGUGCAUACGACGCGGAAGAACCAUAGGCAGAGAAUGGACGGUGAAGGCAUCGUGUGGUAGUGUUAUCAAAGACAUACAGAAACUGUUGCCUGAUGUUACUCCCCCGAAAGUCAGCUUCGUCGGCAAACUGCAGUAUAGCGUUAAGAGAGACUUUAGAAUCAACUGGAACGCCAGUGAGGAAUCUACGUUCGAGUGCUCUUUGGAUGGACCGAACAAUCCACGUCCUUGCGGAAAGGGUUGGGAAGGCACGUUUUCGAAGCGUGAAUUACGAGACGGGAAAAAUGUGUUCUGGGUCCGAGCAACUGACAAGGCGGGCAACACUGGCGGGUAUAUAAGACAUCCAUUCCAAGUCGAUAACACUGGUCCGCGACUAAGUUUCAUACAGCCUUUAGCAUCGCUAAGCCGGGGACCUUUGGCAAUCAAAUGGAGGUCUAAUGAAAUGGCAAGAUUUAAAUGUGGUCUGAAUCCGGACAGAUUGGAGCAGUGUGGUUCAGGAGUAGAGGGGAAAGACUACAGAAGAGACCUACAGGAUGGUUCUUACAACUUCUAUGUCGGAGCCGUCGAUAAAGUUGGCAACGAGGCCAGGUUUAUAAGACACACGUUCAGAAUAGAUUCUACACCACCUCGUAUAAAGUUUGGUAAAACCAACCGACCUACUCUCAACUCCAGAGUGGACCUCCCCAUUCUAUCAAAUGAAAUUGCGAACUUUUCCUGCUCUAUUGAUGGUCAGGAAUACGUGGCCUGUGGUACGGGCCGGCAAGGAAGAUUUAGAGCACAAAAUCUGGCAGAAGGUCCCCAUGAGCUGAGAGUAAAGGCUAAAGACGAAGCAGGAAAUGUAGCCGAUCCGAUUUCUCUCAGAUGGAAUUCCGACAAAACAUCACCUAACAUCCUCUUUACCCCCGGAUUGCCGACCAAAUUCCGGGAGAAACCCAAAGUGACCUGGACCUCAACGGAAUAUGCCAGGUUCGAAUGCGCCCUCAAUGACAACGUGCUGUUCAACGACUGCGGAAGAGGGACACAGGGCAUGUGGACCAAGGAGCGGGUACCCGAGGGUAUUCAUGAUUUCUAUGUUCGCGGCAUCGACCGACACAACAACGUUGGCCCAACUGAGAGCUUCAGGUUCUCGAUAGAUAACAAGUACCCAAUUGUCUAUCUUAAUCGACCUCUUCCUUCAACGACUUCUACCCCAACAGAAACGUUCAGAUGGACUAGUAAUGAGUUUGCCGAAUUCCAAUGCGCUGUUGACGACGUUACAAACUUCCAAGAUUGUGGCAGUGGCACGAAUGGAGACUUUACAACACCGUCAUUGGAUAACGGACCGCAUACAUUCUUCUUGACGGCAAAGGACGAAGUUGGAAAUGUUGCUCCAAGGCUGAGUCACUCUUGGGAUAUCGAUAACGUUGCACCAAUAUUGAGGUUUACUGGAGAACUCCCGAACAAUGUGAAUAAAAACAAGCAGAGAUUUUCAUGGACCUCUUCAGAAUACGCCAGGUUCAGAUGUUUCAUUGAUUCUGAGGUACAGUCUGAAUCGUGUGGAUCUGGAAAUGGAGGAAGCUGGACCUCUAAUGAAUUGACUGAUGGCGAACAUACGUUUGGAGUAUUUGGAACAGAUGAGCAUGGAAAUCAAGGACCUGUUAUUCGACACACUUGGAAAAUUGACACCAAAGCUCCCAAAGUACGCCUCGAUAAAGUACCGGAAACGAUAAAUACGCCAAGGACUAAGUUUAGUUGGAAAUCAAGCGAGGAAUCUAAGUUCACGUGCGCGUUAGAUGACGGUGAGGGAGAAGAGUGUGGCGAGGGGACGGACGGGGAAUAUCUGUCGCCAACUUUGGUUGAUGGUGAACACGAGUUCAGGUUGUUGGUUGAGGAUAAUGUCGGUAAUUUGGCGCCAUUGAUACGCUCGAGUUUCAACGUAGAUACCAGCCGUCCGGUGAUAACAUUCGACAAACCCGACCCCACCACCCCCGAGAAGGAUCUUGCUGUUACGUGGAAGUCCUCUGAGGAUGCGGAGUUCGAAUGUGCGGUGGACGACCCCACGCAGUACGAGGAAUGUGGCAUGGGAAAGACGGGUGGAUUCCAGAAAGAUGAUCUUUCAGAUGGCGAGCAUAAACUGUACGUCAGAGGAAAAGACGAUGUGGGAAAUGUUGGUGAACCGAGCAUAUACACUGUCACUACAGAUCGAACACCGCCUACGGCCAGAUUUACAGACGACUUUAAAUCACCUUCAAAAAAUGCGGCAGAUACGUUUACUUGGAGUGCAAAUGAGCCAGUGACAUUCAAAUGUAAAGUUGACGAACGAGAGGAGACCGAUUGUGGCGAGGGAACUAAUGGUCAGCUCAGAAUGCCACCAAACUUGCCUGAUGGUAGACACGUUUUCCAGGUUAGACCAAUUGACAAAGCAGAAAACGAAGGACGAACAUUGGAAAGAAGAUGGGUGAAAGAUACAAGUCCUCCUCAUGUUUCUUACCUCAGCACACCUCCAAAACGGUCUAAAGACGCCGUAACAUUUAAGUGGUCUUCGACAGAACCAGCGGAGUUCGAGUGUGCUCUUGAUGACACGGCAAAUGCCGACUCCUGUGAAAAAGGUUCGUUAGGCCAAAAAAUACUUACAGGGCUUCCCAAAGGUGACAGAGUUUUCUGGGUCCGUGGAAAGGACGGAGCUGGAAAUGUUGGAGAUUUUGUGCCACAUCGGUGGACUGUAGACAUUAAUCCACCUGAUAUCGAGUUCACGGGCGACUUGCCCGCAUUCUCGAAGAAGACCAUUCCUUUCUCGUGGAAAUCGACCGAGGAAUCGAAAUUUGAAUGUGCCGUCGACGAUAUGGCAAACUUCGCCCCGUGCGGCCGAGGUAUGAGAGGGAGUCGAACGCUACGAGAUCUCACCGAAGGACCACACACAUUCUAUGUCCGCGCCAGAGACUCUUUAGAUAAUAUUGGGACACCAAUAUCACACUCUUGGACUGUCGAUUCCACUCCUCCCCGGGCCGUUGUCGAUCCCGUUGACUCGAUCGUGGGCACCCCGCGUGUCACGCUCUCGUGGAACGCCAACGAACAAUCAAAGUUUUAUUGCGCAAUCGGUGACGUCGGAAACAUCAUAGAAUGCGGGCAAGGAAAUACGGGAAGUUGGACAACGCCGUAUUUGAGACGAGGUCCACAAAAGUUCUGGUUGAUUGCUGAGGAUUACCACGGCAACAGAGCCGAGCCCGUUUUAGUCACCUGGACCGUCGAUAACAAGGCUCCGAUCGUGACAUUCUCCGCGGACUCCACCACCAAAAGCACAACGGGAGCUCCAAGUUUUUCGUGGACGUCUGACGAGCCGGCGAAGUUCCAGUGCGCCAUCAAGGGAGUGACCGCGUUCGAAGACUGUGGAACUGGGACGAGUGGAACGUGGAGCAAGACCAAUGUCCCGGAUGGUAAACGAACUUUCCUCGUCCGAGCCCGUGACGACUUCGGAAACCAGAAUGAUCCAUACAGUUUUCCAUUUGACGUCGAUACCACACCUCCUACUGGCUUUGCGGUCACAGGGCCCCCAAGGCGAACGAACAAGCAACGUGCGACAUUCAAAUGGCGAACAAGCGAAGACGCGAACUAUGACUGUCUCCUUGACCAGAAUGACCCGGUGAAGUGUGGCGCGGGAGAGAACGGGGUUUUCACGACGGAGCCUCUCCCUGACGGGGAGCACGACUUCUCGGUCGUCGCCACUGACAAUCUUGGAAACAAAGCUCCAAUUUUUGACUCAAAAUGGACUGUUGAUACCGCCGGUCCGAGGCUAACUUUCUCGGAUAAUCUCCCAACACACACUCUCUCUAAUCCGUGGUUCAACUGGACCUCAGACGAACCCGCUGACAGGUUCCAAUGUGCCCUGGAUGAUCCAACCAACUGGGAAUUGUGUGGUAACGGAAAAACCGGCCUAUGGCAGCAGUACAAUGUACCAGACGGCCCACAUAGGUUCUUUGUACGAGGCACGGACGAUCUUGGCAACACUGGACCUGAAAUAUCGCAUCCAUUCACUGUUGAUUCCACUCCUCCGAGGAUAAGCAUAACAACCCCGCCUGAUACAUCCUCAUCCACACCAACUAUUAGAUUCAAAGCCACGGAAGAUGUUGAAUUCAAAUGCAGGUAUGAUGACGGUGAAGAGAUUGAUUGCGGAGAAGGUACCACGGGCUCGUGGACUGGGCGAAAUGUGCCUGAUGGUCCUCGUAAGCUUGUUAUAAAAGCCAAAGAUGAAGUUGAUAAUGAGGGAAUAUAUACAUACACCUGGAGAAAAGAUUCCUCAGCCCCGGCGAUUACUUUCGAUCCUGAUCAACCUUCAGUUACACUAAGUACUCCAAGAUUUACGUGGAAAUCGAGCGAGCCCGCGCGCUUCGAGUGUUCCUUGGACGGGUUUGAAACAAAAGAAGAUUGUGGUUCCGGGACCUCCGGUUCCUGGCAGCAGUACAAGCCCGAUGGCAACUACAUUUUAUCCGUUCGAGGACAAGAUUUUAACGGAAACACUGGCACACCCUCUGAACACAACUUCAAAGUCGACAACACAGCGCCAAGAAUUCAAAUCGUCCAAUCUACAGACCUUGGAACGUCAACUCCUAAUAUCAGAUGGACGUCAGACGAAGACGUGAAUUUCGAAUGUGCACUUGAUGACGGCGAUUUCUUCGACUGCGGCAAUGGUAAAACUGGCUCUUGGGUCGGCCGUAAUCUGCUUGAUGGUCCUCAUAAGUUUGUCAUAAGAGGAAAAGAUCCCGUUCUUAAUACCGGCCAAAACACCUUCACUUGGAACAAAGAUUCAUCAGGCCCGGCGAUCACAUUUGAUCCAAAUCAACCCAAGAUUACAUUGCGAUAUCCCAGGUUCACGUGGAAAUCUAGUGAGCCCGCGAACUUUGAAUGCUCCCUUGAUGGAUUCACUCAAGACAUCCAACAAUGUGGCGCGGGAGAUACCGGAGCUUGGCAGAGAUCAAAACCAGAUGGAGAUUAUGAGUUAUCUGUGCGUGGAAGAGAUCGUAAUAACAACGUUGGUACUCCAUCUACCCACAGUUUCAGUGUUGACAACACAGCUCCUACGAUCCAAAUCUCAUCCAGGCCCAGGACGAACUCCUCUAAUCCUACCAUUGAGUGGACCUCCAGUGAGGAUGUGGAAUUUAAAUGUUCCUUGGAUUAUCGCACAUUCUUCGACUGUGGCGAGGGAGAUUCUGGAACGUGGACUGGUGAUAAUAUACCAGAUGGUCCCCACUCGUUUGUUAUUGAAGGCAAAGAUAAAACAGAAAACCGUGGUCGGCAUACCUUCACCUGGACACAAGACAGUGUACCACCACAAAUAGAGUUCAAUCAGUUUCCACACAGCUCAGAUACUUCACCACAAUUUGGCUGGACUUCAAGUGAACAAGCUAACUUUAAAUGCUCGUUGGAUGAUAGCGAAUAUGAAGCCUGUGGUGGCGGAUACGAUGGAAGAUGGCGAAAAGAGAACGUCCCUGGUGGAAGCCACAAGUUCUCCGUAAAAGCAACCGAUUCCAAUGGAAAUGUGGGAGGGCCUAUUGAGCACACGUGGAAUAUUGACGCCACUGGUCCAGUUAUUUCAUUAGAUGCUCCACGUUUGAGACGGAGAAGAGUGUUGUUCCAGUGGACAUCAAAUAAACGAGCUUAUUUCUAUUGCGCUAUUGACGAUCCUACCGCGUGGCGAUAUUGUGGGUCUGGUACGAGUGGUAGUCGACAGUUCUACGAUCUUUCCGAUGGUCGGCAUACAUUCUACGUUCGUGGUCGGGACAUGCGCAGAAAUACGGGUAGCCCAGCUUCGCGAACAUUUGAUGUGGAUAACACACCUCCAAAUGUUGAAAUAACCACAAAAACAACGGCUUAUAGCACCAGAGAUCCAUCGUUCACAUGGCGUUCGUCGGAAAACUCGACGUUCAAAUGUGCUAUCGACUCCACGCUGAACUAUAGGCCUUGUGGCGACGGUUUUAAUGGUGAAUAUACGGCAAGUAAUGUACGAGAAGGUCGACACGCUUUCUUCGUACAGGGAACAGAUAAAGCUGGAAACGUUGGUCCACAUGCUAGACACGUGUUCUCUGUCGAUACGACUGGGCCCCGAGCAUUUUUGACUAGCAAUGUCCCAGAAACCACGAACAAGCAACGACUGCGGCUCUCCUGGUAUUCCAACGAGAAAGCGAACUUCACGUGUACCGUUGACGACAAAACAGUCCGCUGCGGUUCUGGUUCCACCGGUCAAUUUACGACAGAGCCACUCUCCAAUGGACCCCAUAAGUUCGAGCUGAACCUGGUGGAUGAAUUGGGUAACAAAGGAACGCCUGUGACUGCCAACUGGGUAACAGACUCAAGCGGUCCAGUGAUCUCAUUCGAUCCCAAUCUACCCAUUGAAACCUCCAGAAAACCGACGAUGUCAUGGACUAGCUCGGAAUACGCGUACUAUGAAUGUGACCUUGACGGCGAGCAGAGAAUCCCGUGCGGUCAGGGUACAUCGAAGGAUAUGACCUUUGAAGUACGCAAAGGUCCCCACACGUUCUCGGUGAGAGGUACUGACAGAAAUGGCAAUGUGGGCGAAUGGGCUCGUCACACUUUUGAAGCUGAUGGAGACGGCCCAGUCAUAUCAUUCCCACCGGACACACCAAAGGUUACGAAAAGCAAUCCAACGUUUAGAUGGACAUCCUCCGAAGACGCCGACUUCAAAUGUGGUGUUGAUAACAGCUUUAACCUAGUGGAUUGUGGGGAUGGUGCUAACGGCAGGUGGACUGGGGAGAAUAUCCCGGAUGGGUCACACGUGUUCAUAGUUUACGGCACCGAUUCGUUUAACAAUAGAGGACCAUACGCGCAACACAGAUUUGAAGUCGACAACACCGUUCCUGUGAUCUCCUUCCGAACGAAUCCAACACCGACAAAUUCCAAGCCACAAAUAAGAUGGACAUCCUCGGAGAGUGCCCGUUUCCAGUGUUCACUGAAUGGACAAGAUUAUGAGGAUUGCGGAGAGGGAUUGAACGGAUUGUGGACCGGGGAAAAUGUUCCUGAUGGUAGACACACGUUCUCUGUGCGGGGUGUUGACAAAAAUAACAAUACCGGCGAACCUGCUCGUUUCAAUUGGAAUGUUGACAACGAAAGUCCUGAUGUCUCAAUAACUAGCAAUAAUCCAACGGCAACGAACGAUCCGAGACAGACAAUUACAUGGAGCUCAACCGAGCCGGCUACGUUCGAAUGUACCAUCGAUGGUAAGGUUGUAAGUUGCGGGUCUGGACUGAAUGGUAGAUAUACCACUCCCAUAUUACCUGACGGAGAACAUACGUUUUCUGUAAACGCUGUGGAUGGAGUCGGCAAUAAGGGUGAACCUCAGGUCGUGAAGUGGACAUCAGAUCGACGACCACCCGUCGUUGCAAUACGAGGGACAUAUCCUUCGAAAACCAGCGAUCCAACAUACAAAAUUACCUGGGACACAGAUGAAAAGGCUGAUUUUGAAUGCAAACUGAAUGGCAGAGUUGUGGAGUGUGGUAAAGGAACGAGGGGAGACUACACGACGGGUAACUUGCCCGAUGGAAGACAUACGUUUGAAUUGAAUGCUGUGGAUAAAGUGGGUAACAGGGGUUCACCGCAGUUCGUGAGGUGGACAAAAGACACAACUGGUCCCAUCCUUGAAAUAACGAGCAACAAUCCAUCGCGAACGAACAACCCGAGACAGACAAUAACCUGGGAGUCAAACGAGCCCGCAGACUUUGAGUGCAAACUGGACGACACGGUUGUGAACUGCGGAUCCGGUGAAACCGGGGGGUACACCACGCCUAACCUGCCUGACGGUAACCAUAAGUUUGAAGUUACUCCUGUGGAUGGAUUGGGUAACAAGGGGGCGCCUAGAGUUGUAACGUGGACUACAGACAAACGAGGGCCGGGAAUAACAAUAACAAGCAAUAAUCCCCCCAAGACUAGCGACAGAAGACAAACCAUCACGUGGACGUCAAGUGAACCAGCCAAUUUCGAGUGUAGGGUUGAUGGCCGCGUUGUGAAUUGUGGGAGAGGAACUACUGGCCAAUAUACUACAACCAGCUUGCCCGAUGGUCCUCAUUCCUUUGAAGUGAAUGCUGUGGAUUCCUUGGGUAACAGGGGAACAGAACAGAGAGUAAGGUGGUCAACAGAUACAAGAGGUCCUAGAAUCCAAAUAACAAACCAAGUCCCGCGCGAGACAAAGAACAAACAAACAAGAAUUACCUGGUCUGCCGACGAGAAAGGCACGUUCAAGUGUACGCUCGAUGAUGUCGAAGUCCCCUGUGGGGAUGGCACGGAAGGAGAUUAUACAACGCCAGAUCUGAACGACGGAGAACACACGUUCACCGUGGAGUCGGUUGAUAAGGUUGGAAACAAAGGCGAUCCAGUCAGUGUACGAUGGAAUACUGAUUCAACGGCUCCAGAAAUAACAUUCCCCUCGUCCCUUCCCGUCAAGACUAGCUCGAGUCCUCGGGUGACCUGGACUAGUUCUGAAGAUGCCGUCUUUGAUUGCGCCUUGGAUGAUAAAUCGAGAAAUGUCAGGUGUGAUACUGGAACAUCUGGUAGAUGGAACGGGCUGAAUAUCCCUAAUGGUCCUCACACGUUCUGGGUGCGCGGCACGGAUAACCGUGGUAAUGUUGGAGACUGGACACCAUACAUCUUUGAUGUCGAUUCUGUUGGUCCAGACAUAACAUUCGAUGAACAGCCGAAAAACACGCGAAAUAAUCCAACGUUCACGUGGUCAUCGUCCGAGCCCGCGACAUUCAAAUGCCGCAUGGAGAACAGCUUUAACGAGGUGGAUUGUGGGGAUGGGGAGACCGGCGCGUGGACUGGAAACAGAGUUUCGGAUGGUCCGCAUAAAUUAAUCGUGUAUGGUGUGGAUGAGAUGAACAACAGGGGACCUGUGUCCGAAUUAGAUUUCAAUGUUGAUGCAACUGGACCCGUUAUCACACUCCCCCCUGACACCCCGACUGUUACAAAGAAAAAUCCAUCAUUCUCGUGGAAAUCAUCUGAACCUGCCGAAUUCAAAUGCGCUGUCGGCGAUGGUCGCGUGAACUUCGUUGAUUGCGGGAAAGGCACGAGCGGCACGUGGACAACGGACAACGUCCCAGAUGGUCCCACUAAGUUUAAAGUUUAUGGCGUGGAUGAUAUGAAAAACAGAGGGCCAAUAACUGAGCAUACAUUCACUGUUGAUAAUAGCGGUCCCACCGUAAGGUUUGACGAUGCUGAAAGUGUAACUGGAAGAAACCCACAAUUCACGUUCUCCUCUGACGAAGAUGCAGAUUUCGAGUGCUCUCUUGAUGGCGGUGAUUACGAGGAGUGCGGACGCGGACGCAGCGGUGAAUGGAAUGGUCAGAAUAUACCGCAUGGCAGACAUCGGCUAUCCGUGAGAGGGAGAGAUAGUAAUAACAAUCUUGGUGAACCAGCGCAUCAUAGUUUCAAUGUUGAUUCAGUUGGACCAUCGAUUUCCUUCCGUCCUAACCAACCAACUCUGACACGAGGCAACGUAACGUUCCAAUGGACGUCGUCUGAAUCAGCCAAGUUUAAGUGCCGCAUUGAUGACGAUCGCUUUGAAUUCAUGGAUUGUGGUGAAGGUACUAGCGGUCAGUGGACUGGACGAAAUAUACCUGAUGGCGAAUUCAAGUUUGUGGUUUAUGGUACAGACGAUCAAAACAACAGAGGACCAACAGCUGGGCAUAAGUUUACCGUUGAUUUAUCCCCGCCUCAGAUAACAUUCUCAGGUGACCUUCCGGAGACAACAGGCAGAGACCCAACACUUUCGUGGUCCUCGACAGAAUACGCAACGUUCGAGUGCAAACUAGAGGAUGGUGUGAUCUUUAAUUGUGGUAGCGGUGAGCGUGGCUCGUGGACUGGAAGCGACCUGAGCGAUGGCUCCCACUCGCUGUCAGUACGCGGUACUGAUAGAUUGGGAAAUACAGGUCAAUUUAUUUCAAGAUCAUGGGUUGUUGAUGAAAGCGGUCCAAGGCUACGUUUUGUGGGAGAAUAUCCUACUCGAUCGAGAAGACUGCCUCGCAUUCGCUGGACCUCGAACGAAUAUGCAUAUUUCGAGUGCUCGCUGAACGACGCCGAUUACACACGAUGUGGCAGUGGCAUGCGGGGAAGCUACACCCAGAAUGAAAUUCCAUCUGGUUCGCACAGAUUCCGAGUACGAGGACGUGAUAACAAGGGAAACGUUGGGGAGCCCAUUUCGUUGAGCAUUGAAAUAGACACGAUUUCACCAACCAUCAAACUUUUGCCACCGCUGCCCAGCAAGACAAAGGAGGCAUCAUGGACAUUCACAUGGAGCUCGGACGAAAUGACGAAUUUCACUUGCGCAGUUAACAGUUUACGAUAUCGGCAGAAGUGUGGCUUCGGCAUGAACGGUCGCUUCACGACGGAACCGCUUCCCGAUGGUCGGCACAGGUUCUACCUUCUGGGGGAGGACGAAUUAGGGAAUAAUGCUAAAGUGGUUUCGCACAGAUGGGAAGUUGACAAAACCAAACCGGAAGUCGAGUUUCUACCAAACCAGCCUACAGUCUCUGACGCUGACAUCACGCUCCUAUGGAAGACCACAUCAAACAAACCUGCGGAGUUUGAGUGCGCGUUGGACAAUGUGAGAUAUAUGAGAUCGUGCGGCGCAGGCACAACAGGGUCCUGGACAAACAACAGCGUCCCGGAUGGAGAUCACACGUUGUAUGUUCGAGCUAAAGAUUCAUUUGGUGAUUAUGGUCAAAUCAAGUCACACAGCUGGAAAGUUGACACUAAAGUUCCCCAGGUGAGGCUGAUCGGUAGACCUCCCAGACGUUCAACCUACGACACAGGGUCGUUUUACUGGUUGUCUGACGAGCACGCGAACUACGAAUGUGCCGUCGACCUGGCCGAGUCUGGGACCUCGUGUGGCAGUGGUAUGCGAGAGAACUGGAUAUCACCCAAACUGGAUGACGGAAAACACGUGUUCUAUCUCUUUGCAACAGACAACAACGGAAAUCAAGCGAACCCUGUGGAGUACAGAUGGGAAAUUGACACCAAGCCGCCGAUAGUGACAUUGGAUGAAAACACGGAACGCGUUUCAGCCCACAACAUCACGUUGAAAUGGAGGGCAAACGAAAACGCGAUAUUCCAAUGUGCUGUGGACUCCAUUUUCGACAACAGGGAUUGUGGAGCGGGUCGAUCCGGUGAGCUAAAAUUGAAAGAUCUGUCAGAUGGUUUUCAUACGGUUUGGAUCAAAGCGGAGGAUGUUUUGGGCAAUGUUGCUCCUUGGACGAAACACACUUGGAGAGUCGAUUCCAAGCCUCCAGAGCUUGAUUUUACAUCGAAUCUUCCCGAUAAAACUGGCGGCGAUGUGUCGUUCUUCUGGCGAGCUAAGGAGUCCACGAAGUUCAAAUGUGGCACCGACCCGAACAAUCUUGUAGAUUGUGGUGUUGGACACUCGGGCAACUCGUCUAAAAAGAAUUUGACGGAUGGCGCCAUAUACCGCAACACAACUUUUAUGUUGAAGCUACGGAUGAGUUUGGAAAUACUAUAA